AUGUUCACCUGGAUUGCAGCCGCUUUGGUAAGGGUUGGCUUCCUUAGGGUCAUGGCAGUUAGCCUGAGCCCCUCCUCGUUUGCUGCAUGGAAUGGCGUUGCCUUUGUUGAUAGCACCAUAACCUAUGCUGCCUCCGGCAUUGACUUCAGAGGUCUUGGACAAGAGAGUGCAGUGCUGCCAUUGGCAUUCUCUUCUCAAACAAUAGACUACUACUUCUCCUCCAUCAUCAGCUUCGGAGGUUCUCUGAGCGACACCGGUAACUUGUUCCACUACCUUCACAACAACUGCUCCAUCGCCCACUUCCCCUACGGCAUCACCUUCUUUCAUCGCCCCACCGGCCGCCACUCCGAUGGCCGCCUCAUCGUUGACUUCUUGGCGGAGGCAAUUGGAUUGCCAUUCCUUCCACCAUAUCUAGCAGGACCAGCUAAGCAUAAUUUCCAGCAAGGAGUCAACUUUGCCAUUGGAGGAGGCACAGUGGCUGAAACUUCCUUCUAUAAAGAGAAUGGCUUUCCCCUUCCAAACAAUACUUUCUCUUUGCAUGAUCAAUUGAAUUGGUUCCAAGAUAUGCUUCCCAUUCUCUGUUCUUCUCUUUCAGAGUGUGAGGCUAAGUUGGGUAACUCACUCUUCAUUGUUGGUGCAAUCGGAGGAAAUGAUUACCACAUUGCAAUGUUAAAAGGAUCCAGUGAUUAUGAAAUAAAAACUCUUCUAGUUCCUGUCAUGAUCCAGGCUAUUAGUUCUGCAAUCAAAGAUUUGAUUAAAUAUGGUGCAAGAACAUUGGUAGUUCCAGGGAAUUAUCCAGUUGGAUGUCUCUCAGCUAGUCUCACAUGUUUUCCAAGAGAAGGUGACUAUGACCAGAAAACAGGGUGCUUGAAUUGGUUGAAUGAGCUCACUGAGUUAUAUAACCAAAGGCUCCACAUUGAACUUCAAGAUAUCCAGCAUCAACAUCCUCAUGUCACCAUCUUCUUUGUUGAUUAUUAUGGAAUUAUCAUGGAAAUGUUGCAAUCGCCUAAAAAAUAUGGUUUUUAA